AUGGUUCUGAAUGAAUCCCCAUUACGCGGGAACCGGUGCUCUCUCUCUCCAAAAUUGCCACAAGAGCGACAUCCGAACAGGCCGCACCCUGCUGCGUUCGCUUCAGAAAAUCCCUCUAAUACCGCACGAUUCCCGAAUGACUGUACCAUCGUACACUCCGUUGACGGACACGGCGAUACCUUAGUGGUGGAGGACAUAUCUGCCCAUGACGCCGGAUACGAUGGGGAUAUAGAAAUAGUUGCGCCCUGUGAAUAUGAAGAAGCUGAAUCAAGACCUUCGACGCCUCAACAAGCCAUACACCGGUCAAGGAACGAUGUUGGAACCGAUGAUAUUGCAAAGACAGGGCUUAUUGAUGCAAUGAGAGCAUUGGAUUGUGAUUCAGAUAUAACAGACUAUGGGUACCGCAGAUUACGUAUAAGAGGGCGGAAAAGAAAAGGAGGCGAUUUCUUCAGCGGGCAAUCGACAAUUGAUUGCUCUUCAGACGCUGAAUCUAUAGAAAUCGUCGACCUUGAACAUUAUGGGAAGGUAUUUACGCCGGCCACGUCGGCCAAACCACGCAAGAGAAGACGGAGACGUGGAUACACGGGCGAUCCCCCUGAUUCACAGAAUGCUGAAAUGUCAAGCGUUGACGGGGAUUUUCCUACGCAUGUCCCAUAUGGAAUUAACUUGAAUGGGGAUACCUUUCCAUCACAGGAAGAUGAGAUGGAUAUUGGAUAG